CAGCUAUAAGAUGUGCGGAGUCCAAUGUAGACAUGGGCCAUACAUAAUUAUUUACUCUUGGGGGCAAGGCAGGAUUAUCACUUUCCCUAGUGCUACCUGGGAUUUGCUUUCUUGGGAGAAGUAUUUUGUUAUUUUAUCAAUUAAUCUGUAGCUCUUAAACUGUUGCCGUUUUUCUUUCAGCGAAACUUUCCCUCCAAUGUCUUGCAGGUUUUUCCCUGUUAAACUCUCAGUAAGUCUGUCUUCCUGUUGCUUUCCAUGUUCUGCUCAUCUGUUCCCUCAGCUGCUGGACUGUCUAUAAAAUGGACAGGUUCUCAGGACCGUGGGACAUGUUGCAGCUGUUUUGCUUCUGACUGAAUGGUGUUUGCUGCAUCUCUCUGGUGGUUUUGGUGACACUGGGCCAGUCUGCAACACUGGAGCAUUGGUUGGAGAACAUGGGAUCUGGUAGUUCUGUAAAUGUCGAUUACAAGUACUCCCUGCAGAAGUCUGAAAAGGCUUUCAAGGCAGCUGUUUUGAUCCAGCAGUGGUAUCGGCGCUAUGUUGCUCGGCUGGAGAUGCGCCGCCGCUGCACCUGGAGAAUCUUCCAAUCCAUCGAGUAUGCCUGUGAGCAGGACCAGAUCAAGCUUCACAACUUCUUCAGUUACCUCAUGGAGCAGUUCACGCCAAGCAGCAGCAAAGAGAGGGAUUUUAUCAGUCGCAUGUUCAUAAGUGGAGAAAGCUACAAAGAGGCAGAGCUGGAAAAAUACUGUGACUAUGAAUCCAUAGAGGUGCCAGACUCCUACACUGGACCCCAUCUCUCUUUCCCACUCCUUCCUGACCAUGCAACUGCCUUGCUGGAAGCUUUCAAACAGAAACAACAGCUCCAUGCUCGCUAUGUCUUAAACCUUCUGCAUGAGACCAGGAAGCACCUCAAGCAACUGCCAAACAUCAGCCACGUGUCCACCUGCUACAGCGAGGAGGUCACUGUGUGUGGAGACUUGCAUGGCCAGCUGGAUGACUUGUUCCUCAUAUUUUAUAAGAAUGGCCUUCCUUCCCCUUCCAAGUCCUACGUGUUCAAUGGAGACUUUGUAGACAGAGGCAAACAGUCCCUUGAGGUCCUCAUCAUCCUCUUUACCUUCCUGUUGAUCUAUCCAAAGGAGGUUCACCUCAACCGUGGGAACCACGAGGACCACAUGGUCAACUUACGCUAUGGCUUCACCAAGGAAGUGAUGCAGAAAUACAAGGUGCAUGGGAAGAAAAUCUUAAGGAUGUUCCAAAAUGUCUUCUGCUGGCUGCCCCUGGCCACCCUGAUUGAUCAGAAAGUCCUUAUUCUACACGGGGGCAUCUCUGACACCACUGACCUGGACAUGCUUGAGAAAAUUCAAAGGGACAAAUUUAUUUCUGUAUUAAGAAUGAAGAAAAGGAAGGAGUCAAAUAGAAAAGUGGAAAUGCGGGACAUAAACGGGGAGAGCAAAUCAGAGGCUGAUGCAGCAGGGAACGAGGCAGCUCCCAGGCUAUCUCUGCAGCCCCAGCCAGCCCAGGCUCCCAGCACGGCCAACAGGCUGGAGUUCUCCAGGUGGAUCCGGCAGACGGUGCAGGAGCAAAUCGACACGUGCCGCCGGCUGGUGGACAUCAGCGAGUCGGAGCCAGAGGAGCUCACCUACUCCAGCAUGGUCUCCCUGAAGUAUGGGGAUGAGCCGUGCCAGCCUCAUCAGGAGGAGUGGCAGCAGAUCUUAGACAUUCUCUGGAGUGACCCCAUGCCUCAGGAGGGCUGCAGAGCAAACAAGGUGCGAGGUGGCGGCUGCUACUUUGGGCCUGAUGUGACAGAGAAGAUCCUUGAGAAGUACAACCUGCAGUUCCUCAUCCGCUCCCAUGAGUGCAAGCAAGAGGGCUACGAGUUCUGUCACAGCCGGAAGGUGCUGACCAUAUUUUCAGCCUCAAACUACUAUGAGAUUGGCAGCAACAGGGGAGCCUAUGUGAAGCUGGGACCAGACCUCGUCCCCCACUUUGUUCAGUACCAAGCAAACAAGUCGGCCCAUAUGCUCACUAUGACCCAAAGAAUCAGCAGAGUAGAGGAGUCUGCCUUCCGAGCCCUGCGGGAGAAGCUCUUUGCUCACACCUCCGCCCUCAUCAGCGCGUUCAAGGCCUACGAUGAGGACAACACAGGAAGGAUCACACUGAGCAACUGGGCGACGGCAGUGGAGUCAGUCCUGCGCCUGGGCCUGCCCUGGCGAAUGCUGAGACCGCAGCUGGUGCGCAGCACGGAGGAUGGCAUGCUGGAGUACAAAUCCUGGCUGGAUGACCUGGCCAUGGAGCAGCGGAGCCAAGAGCACAUCCAGUCAAGCCUGCUGGAAGUCAUUUACCGGAACAGAUCCAACUUGGAGACAAUAUUCAGGAUCAUAGACAAGGACCAUUCAGGUCUUAUCUCGUUUGAAGAAUUCCAGCAGACCUGGAAGCUGUUCAGCUCCCACAUGAACAUUGAGCUCACGGAUGAUGGCAUCAGUGACUUGGUUCGCAGCAUCGAUUUCAAUAAGGACGGGAACAUUGACUUCAACGAGUUCCUGGAGGCCUUCCGCCUUGUCAGGCAGUGCCAGGCGUGAGAGCCCGCGCGGGGCUGCCACGUCCAAUGCCUUCAUGUCUGAGCAGCCGGGACUGUGUCCCACCCAACUGCAGAG